AUGUCGCCCAAGAAAUACUUCCAAGGGUACAAUGUUCUCGUGGUACAGUCGCUGCAAUUCCAAGGUGUCAAAUUCGAUGGGAUUUGCCAACAACUAACGAAAUUCGGUGCGUCGUGCAUCACCACCGCCACCAUCAAUAAAGAUCGGUUUGGGUUAUCACAUAUCAUCGCCACCAAUACCGAUUUCCCAGAGUAUCAAUUUGCCAUUGAUCAUAUGAUUCCGAUUGUGACCCCAGAAUGGGUGGAAGAUACGAUUUCCCAGACCCGUUUGGCGAGUCUCCGGCCGUAUUCUGUCGUGCCGUACCAUUUCCUCCGUGGAGUGUUUGCCACCAUCAGCGAUGAUAUUCCAUCGGGAGAUCGCCAAGUAUUAGAGGCGAUAAUUAUAGCUCAUGGAGGUCAUUGUGCCACCGCGGUGACCAAGUUCACCACCCAUGUGAUAGGAGCGACCACCGGUAGCGAUGCGUUCAUCAUUGCCCUGCUGGUGCCGGAGAAACGAAUCAAAUGCGUAUUGCCCCAAUGGGUCGACGAGUGUAUUAAAUCCAAACAACACGUCAACGAACAGAAAUACCUAUUACAAGGAUCAGAGUACCAACACUUGGAGACCCUCAAUGAGAAAGUAUAUCAACAGAGCACCGACGAUGUGGAGAUGCAAAUUAAAGAAUAUUUAACCGGGAAACGUUUUUAUUUAUCUAAUGACUUACAUUUAGGAUUACGAAUGAGAAAUGUGUUGGAAUCGUUAAUUAUUCACGGUGGAGGCAGUAUUAAUUACGAGAUUACUCCGGGAAACGAGAAUUGUUAUAUUGGUAAUUAUCGUGCCGGGUUGGAUUACGUACGAGCUUCGAAAGUCGGGAAUACCGUGGGGAAUAUGACUUGGUUAAUGUCGAUGGUUUCGAUGGAAAAAUACCAUUCUCCAUUUAAUAAUAUGCUUCAUUAUCCAGUGAGCAGAACUGGAUUGCCGGUAUUUGACAACUUGAUUUUUGCGGCGACGAAUUAUAGUGGAGACGGUCGUGGGUACGUUGAGGCGUUGAUCGAAGGAUUGGGGGCGAAAUAUUCGAAAUCAUUAACGACAAAAGUUGAUUACUUGAUUUGUUCUAAGCCCGGGGGCGCCAAAUAUGACGCGGGGUUACUUUGGGAGAAUGUCAAAGUAAGGAACCAUCAUUGGUUGGAAAAAUGCUAUAAAGAAUGGCGGAUAGUAAAAGAUGAUGAUGGCAUGGAUAUUAGAAAUGCCGAGACCGAAAAAGACAUGUUGGGACAAGUGAGUUUUGAUGAGGAGAGCAUCAGGAAGUUUUGGGACGCUAAUUAUAUGAAGGAUCAAGAUACAAAGGAAGAGGAGGAAGAGGUUGAGAAUAGUGAUGGUAGUGAAGGGAUCAUUGAUACACAAAAAAAUAUCGAUGAUAAGGAAAUAUUCAUUGAUAAUGACAAAAUAAUCCAAGACAAUAAAGAGGAUGAUGGAAAACAGGAGGAGAUCCUUAACAUCGAGGUUGACGAGCAGAAGAAGAAAAAAGAUGAAGAUAAAAAAGAUGAAGAAAAAAAGGAUGAAGAGCAAGAUGAUAAGAAGCAAGAAGAUAAGGAUCAUGAUAAGAUAGGCAAAGCAGAAAAAACCGACGCCAAAGAGUUGAAAAAUAACCAGGAACUUAAAUCUUCAAAAAUAGAAAAUGGGACAUCCCCGAAAAAUAUUAUACCAAACGCCCCAACUCCUGAAUAUACUAUUCCUCCUCCUAUCUACGGAGGAAGAAAAGCCGCCAAAAAGGCCGCCGAGAAAUUGCAUUCUGAUAUGGAAGAUCUCAACAAGUUCCAAAAGCAAAGAUUAACUAAAAGUAUUCCAAAGCUUCCAGAAGAAGUUGCCGAAGCUGAAAGACUCAAACAAUUGAAAAGAAAAUCGCUCACCUCAGAUAUCAUUAGUACCCCUUCCAAGAAAUCCAAAUCGAAAAAUAAAUUGCUCGAUCUCCGGAUCGUCACCACCGGUUGUGAUGACAUUACUGGGGCUGAUUUGCGAAUGCUCCAGUCACUUGGGGUAAGCGUUGCCAAAGACCCAGCCGAUGGUAACACCAUAAUCGCUCCGCGAAUAAUGAGGACCGAAAAGUUUCUAUCGGUAUUGGCUAACGGUCCAAAAUAUAUUCUUCAUCCGAAAUUCAUUGAGGAUCUUGUUAAAAAUGGCAAGGAAAUCGAUCCUGAAAAGUAUCUGCUUGAUCAUUACGAUUCUGGAGCGAAGAAUGAGUUGGGGAUCACGGUGGAAGAGUUAUUGAAAAGAUGGCAAGACCGGAAAACCAAAUUAUUCAGUGGGAUCCGGUUCAAUAUUACCGGGGCGGUCCCAGGAGGUCCCUCGGUGCUUAAUCGAAUAUUGGGGGCCCAUGGUAGUCCAUCUAAAGUGAAGUUACUUAAAAGUGCUAGUGGGGUAAAGCCUAAGCAAUUGGAGUACUGCGAUGAUGAGAAAACGUGUUAUUUGAUCAGAAAGGGGGUUGACGAAGGUCUGGAGGCUACGGUGGUGGAGAAGUUCCAACAAGUUUGUGAAAAGCAAAAGAAGACGGGAAUUGUUGUGGAAUGGCAGUGGGUGGUGAGCUCGAUUUUCUCGCUGGAGAUGUCGUAG